GAGCUUAAAAACCAUACCUUUGAAUGUAUAAACCCAGCUUGUUUUUUACAGUUUCAUAAAAAGUAACUAAACUUCUCCAAUAUUGAAAGAAAUGAUGGAAAAUUUUUUAAAAAUUUCUUUGUAAAAGUUUUCAAUUUUGGCGCCAAAAGCACCAUAGGGGGUCCACACUGAAGCAUCCUGGGAUAACACGAACUGCGCAUGUCAAGUACAAAUCAUACCAACAUGGCGGACUGGGAGGAUGAAGAUUUCGAACCCACGGGUUUGGACGACAAAAAAAUAACAGAUAAGUGGGAAGGCGAAGAUGAAGAUGACAAUGAUGUAAAGGAAAACUGGGACGAUGAUGAGGACGAGGAAGGGAAGAAAAAGGAAGAAACGAACGAAAGCAAAACAGAACUACCGAUUAAAAAGAAAAAACGGCCUUUAAAAGAGGUUUUAAAAGAAAAAGAAGAAAAGAAAAAGGAAGAAGCCAGAUUGAAAGCUCAAUUGCUGAAAGAUAUGGAGGAAGCUAAACCUAUGACACCAGAGGAACAAAUUGCUGAAAAAUUACGGCAACAGAAAUUACAAGAGGAGUCAGAUUUGUUAUUAGCAGUGGAUACAUUUGGAACGACUAAGGAUGAAAUAUCAACAACAAAUAAUUUAGAUUCAAUGAACCCAAAGACACUAGAAGAAUUUACAGAAUAUAGUAAAAUGCUAGUAGACAAGUUGUCUAAGAUGGAGUCUAGUGCUUUAUAUGUUCAGUUUCUGGAUGAUAUGCUUAGAGAUCUAUGUGCAAGUUUGGACGCAGAUGAUAUUAAAAAAUUAGCUACUACCUUGAAUUUGCUGCAUUCUGAAAAAGUAAAAGCACAAAAGGGCAAGACGAAAGGAAAAGGAAAAGCCAAGAAAGUAAAUCUAGUUGGAGCAACCAAAGGCGGAAAAAAAGAUGAUAUGGAUUAUGGCCUUGAUCUUGGAAAUGAAUUUGACGAUUUUAUUUAGAUUUAAAGAAAUUGUGCAGAUUUCUCAAAAAUUUUCAAUGAACUUAACUGAUAAUGGAACAUAUCUAGACCACGCAAUCAUCCAUAUAGAGUUUUGGGAUAUUUAGCCUCCUUUGGGGUUCCUGUGUAGUUAAUGAAAUUUGAAAAUGAAUGAAGUGUUGUUCCUAGUCUCUCUCAUCUUGUGGUACACAGGAACCCCAAAUACUGAUUAUAUGUAUUCUUUAGAGAUUCUACUAUAGACCCCUUGCAUUGAUAUCCUAGAAAGAUUGUUCUGGGGGACAAGAAUAGGCUGUCUUUUCUUAUGCAAAAUCCAUUGUUUUGUCCCCCAGAACAAUUCCUCUUUGGACUCAGUGCAAAGGGUCUAUAGUUAAAUAUGUGCAUAUAAUAACUUAUUUAAAAAUCAAAGUACAGGCUUGAUAUUUUUAGAGGUGUUUGUGCUGUACACUAUAUUCAUAAACAAUGGACCUUACUCAUGCAGUAGUCAUGUUGACCAAAACAAUAAAUUUCCCUCUGAAUAGCCUCGAUUUAAAGCAUUUCAUGAGGAGAUUACAAUGUAUGCAGAUUUAAACCAAACAUUUUUAUUCUCCUGGAAAUAACCAUGGCAACAUGUGAUAAAAAGUCCAUUCAAAACAGAAAUUAACUGGCUCAUGAAUCAAAACAAGGUAUAUACAUCUUCCUUUAAUUUUAAUCUGCUACUCUUACAGCUAAUAUUUCUACAGACCAUCGUAAUAAUAUUUUAACACUAGGAAGCCAAUAAUCUGUUAGAUUAGAUUUUAUAGAACUGUGUAUGGCACUGGCAUAGGACUUUUCUGAAUAGACCUUUUUCAAGUUCCAAAUUACCGCUGUGUUUCUUGAUUACAGACUGAUUUACUCAGGUUUAGCCUUGAUAUUGUGAAGAAUAUUCAUGUGUUCCAGUCAAGGUCCGUCCAGUUUCAAAGUCUUUGUAUUGUUGCAGUAAGUUGUGCUUUUUUUUUACUUUUCCGUUGGUAUUUGCGAGUAAUUAAACACUGAUUCGAGGCUAAGCCUGAGUAAAUGAGUCUGUAAUCAAGAAACACAGCGGAAAUUUGGAACUAGAAAAGGGUCUUGAUUCAACAGUGUGCAUUUUGGUCUAGGUUUGGGUACAAAUAUCACAUACCCAUGAUGAAUCAAGAUGUUUGUACCCAAGCUACACCAGAAUGCUCCAUGGUUACUAUCUCAAUAAGGCCUGUGCUUUAGAAUUUAUUGCAUCUUUUGGACCAGUAGUAUUGCAUGAGGCCACUGCUUAUCCAAUCAAAAUACUUAGACACUAUGCUGUUUAAUUGUAUGGCACUUGUGUCUGUCUGUCUGUCCAUCACAGUUAUGUUUAAUCUACUUUAAGCCAGCUAUUAGCUGUAAUAUCAACUUCUGGCCUAAUAAAACAGAGAUGCUAAAAUAUAGAACAAAA